CCUCUCAGUCAUUUCCUCGGUGUGGACUGAAACGAGCACACACGGUGCCCUGACACAGUUUACAGUGGUGGAGGAGCUGCAGCUGGAGAUCAGAGGACCACAGGGAAAUACUGCAAUAAUCCCUAAAUGUGAUGAAAAAAUAGGACUUUAAAAAGAAGUCUCCAGGAUAAUCUGACGCACAGAAAGAGAAAGCUUUUUUGUUUUGGAAUUUGGAAUUAAUAUCUUAUUUUUGUCCAUAAGGUGCAUAAGUGAAAGAUGUUGCAGCAUUGCACCCUACUGCUGUUGCUAUGCGUGGCUCGGCUGCUCUCCACCUCAUCGGCCCUGCCCUUCGAGCAGAGAGGCUUCUGGGAUUUUGCCAUGGACAGCAUGGACAGUGGCGGGAUGAUGUCAAUGAUGAGGGAUGAGGAAGAAGGCUCGGCUGUAGAAGAGAUCCUCCCCCCCGACAUACCUGUGUGCCCCUUUGGCUGCCACUGUCGGCUCAGGGUCGUCCAGUGUUCUGACCUCGGUCUAACCGAGGUGCCAAAGAACAUUCCCCUGGACACCAAGUUCUUGGACCUGCAGAACAACCGUAUCACUGAGCUGAAAGAGAACGACUUCAAAGGCCUUACUAAUUUAUAUGGUUUGUCUCUGAGGAAUAACCUUAUUUCCAAAGUCCACCCCAAAACAUUCGUCCCUCUGAAGCACAUGCAGAAGCUCUACUUCUCCAAGAAUCUGCUGACCACUGUCCCCAAAAACUUGCCCGCCUCGCUGGUUGAGAUAAGGAUCCAUGAGAACCGCAUCAAAAAGGUGGAAGCUGGAGCCUUCUCAGGACUGGGCAACAUGAACUGCAUAGAAAUGGGAGCAAACCCCAUCCACAACAGUGGUUUUGAGCCUGGAGCCUUCAAGGGACUGAAACUGAAUUAUCUGCGGAUAUCAGAGUCCAAACUGACUGGGGUGCCAAAAGAACUACCAGAUAGUCUUCAUGAGCUUCAUCUGGACCACAACCAGAUCCAGGCUGUGGAACUGGAGGACCUGAAACGCUACAAAAACCUGUACAGGUUGGGCCUUGCUUUUAACCAUAUCCGUAACAUCGAGAACGGCAGUCUGGCCUUCCUCCCCAGGCUGAGAGAGCUGCAUCUGGACAACAACCGCCUCACUCGUGUCCCCAAAGGCCUUCCUGAAAUGAAAUACCUACAGGUGGUGUACCUCCAUUCCAACAACAUCGACCAGGUGGGCGUGGAUGACUUCUGCCCUCGAGGAUUUGGGAUGAAGAGGACAUUCUAUAAUGGCAUCAGCUUGUUUUCUAACCCUGUCAACUACUGGGAGGUGCAGCCUGCAACUUUCCGCUGUGUCAGCGACCGGCUGGCCAUUCAGUUUGGCAACUACAAAAAGUAAAGACAGGAGGAUUCAGAGAGAUGGAGAAAGUGAGGGGAAGGUGAUGGCGGAGGAGCAGAUAAUUUAAAUAAAGGAAUAAACUUGAGAGAUGGAGAAAAGGGAGUUCAUAUUUGAGAUAAUUAUCUUUAUUAUUGUUUUUUCAGCGAGGAUAAGUUAUGAAGGGGAUCGGCAAUAAACUAAUGAAAUAGAAAGAGAAGAUAAGUUUUCCCCAAGCCUAAAGUGAUGAAAAAUGAAAACUUGUGAAGCAUUUUUCAAUCCAUAUUUUUUACACAAUAGUGAUUAUUGUGAGGUCUUUCAUUUAUAUUUUGGUUUAGAUUAACAGUAAAAUAUAGAAAAGCAAUACAUUAUAGAUUUUUUUUAUAUAUACAUAAAAAGGAGUUCUGUAUGACUCUCUGUGUGUGCUGAUUUGGGAGAUAAACAACAAAUAGACAAUGCAUUGUCUUUGUUUCACUGGUCUGAAGACUUUUGGUUAAAUGAUAUUAGUAUACUAACUAACUAAUAAAAUAUUUUGGGCUGUUUUCCACCAUUUACGAAAGACAAAAACAACUGCAGAAAAUGUAGAAACUAUUAUUCACCUUUACCAGUUAAAAAAACAUUUUUGUACAUAUCACAGAUGUUGACUGAUUAAAUGGGCAAUAAGUAUAUUUUAAAAUUCUCCUCAUCGGUGCUAAACAUCUUUUCUCAUUGGUCUGAGGUAACUGAACCACCAGCCUGCCUGUAUAACGUGUCUAUUAUGUGCCUUUACUAAACAUUAUGCUAUCUGUAUAAUACUUUAAUGCAGCAUUCCCUGAGGGGACAAUAGUGGUAGUGGUUGUUUUUUUUUGCCCCAUUUAGAGAAAACACACAACCGCUUUGCUUUGAGGCAAUGAAGGCAGUGUGUUCACAUAGUGCUACAAACAAUAGUAGUAUUGAUGCAUUUUUUGCACAGUUUUUUUUUCUAUUGUGCUUGAUUUGCUGAAGGGUUAAUGGAGGGUUAGAUUGUUUACAUUGGUAGACCUAUGUUGAACUACUUUAGCCAUUAGUAUUCUGUCCUGUCUCUGUACUAUAAUCUGACAAGCUACUGCUGCAUGUGAAUAAAGACAUUUUAGCCUGCUACAUAAAGCCAGAGAACAACUGAUGCCCCUGGGUUGGAUGUUAUGCGUAAAAAAAUAAAUACUAGAUAUCAAAC